ACGUAGUGUUAUCGCCAUACAGUUGAAGGCUUUUGAAGUCCGGGUAAAUGGAAGCAAUUUUCUCUUCAACGACGGGAAGAGGGUACUGGAAUAAGGUUCGUGCUUCGGCAGAACCUUUGCUCCUGAGAGUAGUGGAGAAUCGCGAUCGGAUUCCGUCUUCACUGUCCAUCGCUCGUUCUAGCAAGUUUGUGCAGCUGUCACUUCAAACGAGGAAGAGUUCUCUCUUUAAGGUUUUAUCAGCUGAAAAGGAUCAAAUUCACGUUGUAGAGGGAAGUUGUGUUGAUGAGUUAUAUGAUGCAUUAGUUGCACGUCUUCUGCCUUUGGUGUUACUGUCAUCAAAUCCUAAUCACAAGCUUUUAGUUGGCCUGGCUGGUCCUCCAGGUGCUGGAAAGAGCACUCUAGCACACGAAGUAGCCAGACGCAUAAACAAAAUUUGGCUAGAGAAAGCUUCUUCCUUUGAUUCUAAGGUGCAACCUCCAGAUAUUGCGAUUGUCCUUCCCAUGGAUGGUUUUCAUCUUUAUCGUUCUGAACUAGAUGCAAUGGAGGUAAGUGUCCUGCUGCUCAACAUUUUUUGUUGCUAUCUGUUAGAUGUUAAGAUGUGUGUUUCUGUUAUUUGGGCUAAGACUAUUCUGUAUUAAGGGAAUUGGCCCAUAUCUUACAAUAUAAAUAAAUUACCCUAUGUGUAUGCUAAACACACAAGGGAUAUUUUCUCCCAAU